AUGAGGAAAAGAGGUGGUGCAUCAGGAAAAUCCCGUGCGGACCGCACGACGUUCCGCAAGUCUCCUCUUCCGGCGACGCCGACGCCCACCGGAAAGGCCUCCUCGGAGCCCCGAGAUCUCCGCUUCACCGCGCUCACCUCUUCCGGGAGGAAAACUGUAACUAUGUUGGCGUCGCCGCUUCACGUCCCCACCGUGACCACGCCUUCGCCGCAGAGGACUGUGGGGACUAUUGGCGACCUCAAGGAGCUCUUCUCUUCCCGAAGUUGUGCUGCCAAGAGGAUCCUGGACCACAGCCACUCUGAGAUUGUCAAGGAGCUCGAGGCCUCCAGAGUGAGGCUCUCCAAGCGUUUGAAGGUGAGGACGGGCUUCCUCCUCAUUUUCUUACGCUAGAUCUCGAAACAGCGCCGUUAAUUUUUUAACUGACAAUCCUCUGAUCAAGUCGUGGUACUGUACAAGGAUCUCCUGUUUUGCUACUAGUUCGCAGACAUUCGCAGACAUUCGCAGACAUUCGCAGACGAUCGUGAAUUCUUGACGGAUGACAAUGCUUCGAUCAUGCAUUCCGAAUUAAUGCAUUUCGAUCUCGAAUCACGAGCUUAGCCGUGUUUUGGAACAGCUAUGAGGUUUUACUUUCGACUUUCGUUUUCUCAUGUAAACUUGGCGUAAAUAGAACAUGAACUUGGUUAACAUAGUGAUACGCACCAUUUCUUCUCUUUUUAUUGUACACUAGCGUUUUAUGGCCCUCGUGUUGCAGGGAAGUUGUCGUGCCUCUUAGUUUACGUUUGGCAUUAUUUGUUCUGAUCCAUAUCAGGCCUCAUCUACGUUUCUGUUUCACAGCUUCAGAUGCAGACAUGUCAGCAACUCUCAGAAGAAGUGGAAAAGGACUAUAGGAAAAUGUCGGAGAGAAUCACGGAGAACAUGGAAUUAAUGAAGGUCAUUAAUUAAUUAAUUAAUUACCUUAACGGGAAUACAAAAUUUUAGUAAACUUUUCAAAGCACUGAGCUCAUCAGCUGCUGUUGUGUUUUGCAGGCUUCAUAUACGGAACUCAUAACUGAGGCUCAGGCAUCGGCAUCUCGUGGUAAAAAUUAAGACAUUUUGUGGCACCACAUAAAUUUCUAGGCUUGCAGUAUUUUUCUCUGUGACAAAGAAAUUUCACCUGCUCAGUUAUGUUGUGAAAUGAACUUUAGUCAGCCAAUAACCGGAAAUUUGCAUUAAAUAUAAUGUCCUUUUGAUUGCUUCGAUGCAAUCAUUCCACUAGAAGCCAGUAAUUCAUGAAGAUCAGGAUAUUUUGUGGCUAUCAGCAUCUUUCAUUAGCAGAUGCUACUACUAUAUUAGAACACCUUAUGGCGAUGCCAUCUCAUUGAUUUUCUUUUUUCUUUCGAUAUCCUGGGUAGUGUGCAAAGUGACCAUCCUGGAGCUUGCCCAAUCUUUGGAAAAAGCAAUUGACAGUCUGCGUAGCCGGUACAAAGUCCCGCUGACCUCGGCGUAA